AUGCGCCUCUCUUCCCACGUCGCGUCGCCACUUCCGACUGCUCUUCGUGUCUCCCACUCCUCUGGUUUGGGCGCGAUAUCACCAUCCUUCCUCCUAUAUUUCAACGUUCAGGAUCUCUUCUUUUUCAUCCCUCCAACUGCUUCCAUGGCCUCCCCCCUUCACUCUAUGGACCACGCUAUGGCUGACGACGCCCUCGCUGCCGAUGGUGAGGAGUUCCUCCUUGACGAGACUACGGAAGAAAUCCACCUUUCGGAGCUCGAGACCUCCAACCUCCCCGCUGCUAAGAAGGCAUGCAUUAAUAUGAGCAAUGAUACCUCUUCGGGCUCCUCUGCUGCUGGCUCGGCCUCGCCCUCCGGCCAUUCCGAGCUGCAGCGUGCUCCUACCCUGGUUCCCACUCUCCCGAGUGGAUCUUCGGCUGCCUUGGGGAACUCUGCUCCCCUGCCCCGCGUUGCACCUACUGCUACGGCCCCCCCUCGCGCCCUUCGCCGCCCCCGUCUGGCGCAGGCUGGCCCCGCCCUGUUGCCUCGCCGCCGUCGCGUGGUUGUCACUCUGCUCCUCCCGGAGGCCGGGGCUGAUGCGAAUCGGGCGGACAUCUUGCUCCGCCUUGGCGCGAUGCUGAAAGGUCACAUGUUCUCGAGCGGUACGAUUCCCUCCUAUGAUGCCACCUCCGGGGAGGUUCUCCGGGUGCCCCGUCGCUCCUACGCGCGGUUGCUCUUCUCCUGGCCUUCUGCUGAUGACGCUGUCUCUUUUCGUAACCUCUUUCCGCUCACGCUCAAGCUGGCGAAUUCUCGUUCGGUCCUGCUCAAAGUUUACGAAGACCCCAACGCUGGUUUCACUGCUGCCAAGGCUGCUGGCGCCACCACCCUCUCCAUCCGCGUUCCCACCGGUUAUGAGCCGGAGGAUAUCAAGUCCUAUAUCCUCGCGGCUACCACGGAUGACGGUCUGCCGUGGCUGAAUGAUCUCCAGCACCUCCACCGGGUGGAGGACCCGUAUGAAGGGGUGGUGUAUACUAUUCUCGAUGGUAUCCCGAUCCCCUCCGCCGAUGACCCUAACUUCCAGCGCAUUCCGGCUGCCAUCCUCCUGGAAGAGGGUGGCCCCCCUAUGCUACUGAAUUUCUCGUCGCAUGUGUGCCGCUUCUGCGCCAACAAUCACCGUGAUGCGGACCACGCUUCCUUCGCGGCACGCCGCAGGCAGCGCAUCAACAAUAGGCACGUGAUUUCCGUCGCGCAGCUCCAGCAGACCAACGGCCAGAUUCUUGGAUCCCACGCCGCCCCUACGGCAGUCCGCAACGACCCUGGGCUUCUGCUCAUCGGACUGGACUCGGAGGUGGAGACUUGGACCUGCGUGCUGUGCGAAUUUCAGUGUGGCCAUGCACUCGACAGUGCGAUGGCACACAUCGCCUCCCCCACCCAUUCGGCUCGCCUGCGGGCCACCGCUCACCUCCCGGCUGCCAAGGACAAGUACAGCACCUGGCGCGCCAUGACGCUGCUCGAGACACCGCGUAUCGCCGAGUUCCUGCGUGCCUAG